UCAAGUGAGAAGUCGCGCAGCCAAGACCACAUUCAAAAAAGCUAUUUUCCGAAGUUAUCUUGAUGAUACUUUCCAGACACCUAGCACUGGAGGAGAAUAUGAAAAGCAUCUUGGUAUACUGGGUCCUAUCAUUAGGGCUGAGGUGGAUGAUGUAAUCGAAGUUCAGUUCAGAAAUUUGGCCUCCAGACCAUACUCACUUCAUGCUCAUGGCCUUCUCUAUGAGAAAUCUUCUGAAGGCAGAAGCUAUGAUGACAAGUCUCCUGAAUUGUUCAAAAAGGAUGAUGCUAUCAUGCCAAACGGCACAUACACAUAUGUCUGGCAAGUCCCUCCACGGUCAGGACCAACAGACAAUACAGAAAAAUGUAAAUCAUGGGCCUAUUACUCUGGUGUAAAUCCGGAAAAAGAUAUUCACUCUGGCUUAAUUGGACCUAUUUUGAUCUGCCAGAAAGGCAUGAUUGACAAGUACAACAGGACAAUAGACAUAAGGGAAUUUGUCUUGUUUUUUAUGGUCUUUGAUGAGGAGAAAAGCUGGUACUUUCCAAAAUCUGACAAAAGCACUCGUGCAGAGAAACUUAUAGGAGUCCAAUCUCGCCACACAUUUCCUGCAAUUAAUGGGAUCCCUUAUCAGCUGCAAGGCUUGACGAUGUACAAAGAUGAGAAUGUCCACUGGCAUUUGCUGAACAUGGGUGGGCCCAAAGAUAUCCAUGUUGUUAAUUUUCAUGGUCAGACAUUCACUGAAGAGGGAAGGGAAGAUAAUCAACUUGGAGUCCUUCCUCUUCUUCCUGGUACAUUCGCCUCCAUCAAAAUGAAACCAUCCAAAAUUGGCACAUGGCUUUUAGAAACAGAAGUUGGUGAAAAUCAGGAAAGAGGAAUGCAGGCUCUCUUUACUGUCAUUGACAAAGAUUGUAAAUUACCAAUGGGACUGGCAAGUGGGAUAAUACAAGACUCACAGAUCAGUGCUUCAGGUCAUGUUGGAUAUUGGGAGCCUAAGCUAGCAAGACUGAAUAAUACUGGAAAAUAUAAUGCUUGGAGCAUCAUAAAGAAGGAACAUGAACAUCCGUGGAUCCAGAUAGACCUACAAAGACAAGUUGUCAUCACAGGCAUUCAGACCCAAGGAGCCAUGCAACUACUGAAACAUUUGUAUACUGUGGAAUAUUUUUUUACCUACAGCAAAGAUGGGCAAAACUGGAUUACUUUUAAAGGAAGACAUUCCGAAACACAAAUGCAUUUUGAGGGUAAUUCAGAUGGCACCACAGUAAAAGAAAACCACAUUGAUCCUCCUAUUAUUGCCAGAUAUAUUAGGCUGCAUCCAACCAAGUUCCACAACAGACCUACUUUCCGCAUUGAACUGUUAGGUUGUGAAGUUGAAGGCUGCUCAGUGCCAUUGGGAAUGGAAAGUGGGGCUAUCAAGAAUUCAGAGAUUACAGCCUCUUCUUAUAAGAAGACUUGGUGGAGUUCAUGGGAACCAUCCCUUGCACGACUCAAUCUGAAAGGACGAACAAAUGCUUGGCAACCAAAGGUAAACAACAAAGAUCAAUGGCUACAAAUUGACCUGCAACAUCUUACAAAAAUAACAAGCAUAAUAACUCAAGGAGCCACAUCAAUGACUACAUCAAUGUAUGUGAAAACAUUCUCCAUCCAUUAUACUGAUGACAAUUCAACAUGGAAGCCUUAUUUGGAUGUUCGCACUUCCAUGGAAAAGGUUUUCACAGGAAAUAUUAACAGUGAUGGUCAUGUCAAACAUUUUUUCAAACCCCCUAUAUUGUCCAGGUUCAUUCGUAUCAUCCCUAAAACAUGGAAUCAAUAUAUUGCACUCCGGAUAGAAUUGUUUGGUUGUGAAGUUUUUUAAGGCUUGGACAGAAGACUAUCAAAUCAAGCAACUUCAAUGUUUCAAGUUUUCUUAUUACUAACUCUGCUUUUUAAAAGGAAACAAAAACAAAA